UGAAGAUAAUGAAGAGAGAGAGAGAGAGAGUCAAUCAAACCUGGAAAAAUGUCUGAUGAUGUGCUGACAAUGUUUUUUAUUCAUCAUCACCAAUUAUAAUUAAUGUGUAAAUACAAUUACAAUUAAGUUUCUAGAAUUGAUUUCCUUUUGUUUUUUCCUUCUUCAAAGUAAUAAACAUCCAGUUUUUUUAUCAGCAAUUAGUUAACUGUUAUUGCGUCUUCUUCCAAUGUAUCAAUUUUUGUUUUCAUUUUGAUUAAUGUGGUUCGUUAAAUGAUUAAAACGAUAAUUGAUUUAUAGUUGCUAAUCAUAACAAGUCACCACUGUACCAUCAUUAUUGCCGAGAAUAGAAUUUCAAUUAGAAGAGAAUCACAUUAAUCGAAAAUGGACCAAGAAAUAGCUGGACCUUCGUCGUCAUCAUUACCUCCCUUUUCCUCACUUUGUUCAUCCAGUGUCGAGAGUUUACUUAAUGCUCUUUUCCCUGAUGAUGAAACACUCAAAGAUCACCUUAAUUACCCGGAAACGCUGCCAACUAAUGAAGGUGGUGAUCAUAAUAUGGAUGAUCGAUAUGAUUUCAAUCAAUUUUUGGAUACGAACGUUGGAUUUCAUGAGCAGCCAACACAAUUUUCACCUCCAUUUUAUAACAAUCAAGGUUAUGAUGCUUAUCCAUCAAAUUCAAUGAUCGAUACCUUAGAUCAACUUUUGGCCUCAACUUUUGUCGCCAGUUCACCAACCACAUCUUCGUCUCCUUGUUUCUCUUCUUAUACUUCCUCAAUAGCCAAUUCACCGGUUUCAUAUUCACCAUCAACAUCACGACCUUCAUCAUAUCAACCUGAGAGUAAUUUUCCACAGAUUCAACCAGCUUAUUCUCAAUCUAACGAUAAUCAGGCCAAUUUUUCAGCUCCUACGAGUACAGAAUUUAGACCAGCAAUCAAAGUGAAUACACCUCAUUCGAAAACCAAUGAACCUUGGAAAGCGAGUGUUGCAAAGAAAAUUCUAGAAGCUUAUUAUUCACCAUUAAGUCUUAAAUCAGAAUUCUUGGCUACUCAAAUAGCUUUAGAUGAAUUCCAAUCGUUGGCAAUUAAAGAGGCGGUGGCCGCUUUCCAUGACGUCGCUCUGUGUACCACAAGUAUCGGGCCUGAUGUUUGUACCGCUAAAUUUGUCAAUACCUGUUCCAAAGUCCGGGCCUACAGGAGGUUACACAUUGAAGAUAAGGUUACCCUGUUAACCAAUGUCUUUUUUGAUACAAUCGCCAUGAAGAGUAUCAUCACCUACGAUCAUCUAACCGAUAGUUGGAACGCCUCAGGUAAAAAAGUUGAUAGGAGGGAAAUUUACCGAUUGGAUCCAAUUCUACAUGAUAAUAUUGUCAAUAUUAUCCAAACGUAUCCUGACCGAUGGAGAAAUGACCUUACAGCGGCAGCGAUAAUUUAUUUAAUCGUCAUUUUUAAUCCUGAUUUGCCAAAUUUAAAAUUCAGCGACUCUAUUAGAUGUGAACAAUAUGGUUACAUUUAUCUUUUAAAAAGAUACCUGGAAGUUGCCUGUGAAUCGCCUUGUGAUGCUUCCGAUUAUCUUUACCGUUUGAUGUGUAAAAUUGAAGAGAUCCAAUCGUUAAGGAAACAAAUGAUUGCCCUUCUUGAUUCCGUUCACAUUGGACUUGCCUUGCCGAUAAAAAAUCUAAUCAUCACCAUGGUUAAAUGAUACAAACGAUUAUUACGUUAUUACAUUUUUCUCACGUAUUUUUUGGCCUUUGAUCGCUUUUGAAUUGUGGUACUUGGGCGAUUUUGCCUGUCUAUCUGUCUCUCUCUUUUCUACAGUCAAGAUGGUUGAAUCCAUGGAAAACAAAACAGGACAAAUUAUAUGAUCGAUUCAAACAGAGAUCUUUAUUCCAGGUUAAAUGGUGACACAAUCAACUUUCUCUCUUUCUCCGACCCGAAGUCAAAGUGAUCUUUUCUUUCUUCUAUCCAUUGCACCUCUAAAUAGACUCUAAUUAUACUUAGUAAAUUUCACCUGUAUUAAAGCUGAUUGAUUGGAAUGAUGUUCAUAUUGUCACCAAACUUUUCCCUCUGAUUAUCAACAAACUCUCAAACUGCUAGAACGAUUAAUUGUAAUAAGCUGAUCUCCUUUGGAUAAGUGACAAUCUAAUCACUUACCGUAUGUCUGGAACAACUUUAAACAAUCUAAAUUGCGACUGUUAAUUAUGUGUAUUUUACUCCUCUCUGGUUUACCAUGUUUACUUCUUGUCAAUCAAACAAAGAAACAAUUAAAACAAUUACAAUUUCA